UGCGCCCGCCAGGCGCGCUGCGCUACGGCGGCGCCGCGCAGCCUGCCCCAGCCGCCGCCGCCGCCGUGCUGCUGCUGCUCCUGCUGCUCCUGCUGCAGCGGCCCCGCACCUCGCCCGAGCGGCGGGGCGGUGGAUGCCGAGCUCCGCCUCGCCCCGGCAGCCAGCGGGCAGCUGUCCUGCGGCGGAGCCCCUCCGACCCGGAUCGGCGCGCUCCCACGGACGCGGGGACACAGGGGCGCACACGCACGCCGGCACACACGCACGCCCGGGGGGGGGGGGCAAGCCGAAGAUGCUGCAGCUGGGCAAGGUCAGGACCUUGCGGUGAAGCCCGGGGCCGUAGCUGCCCCCCCCCGCCCCCAUCCCUGCCUAGCGGACUGAGGAUUUGCUGUUGGGUUUUGGUAUAUGUUUGGGAGAAAGCAGGCUGAAUCGGCGCCGAUCGAAACUAUGCCUGUUCCAGACCAGCCCUCGUCUUCUGACAAGACAAGUUCCCUUAGUCCUGUGUUGAACACAUCCAAUGGUGAUGGCUCUGAAACUGAGACAACCUCUGCCAUUCUAGCUUCAGUUAAAGAACAGGAACUGCAGUUUGAGAGACUGACUCGAGAACUUGAGGCAGAACGUCAGAUUGUAGCUAGCCAGCUGGAGAGAUGUAAGCUUGGAUCAGAAACUGGAAGCAUGAGCAGCAUUAGUUCAACAGAAGAGCAGUUUCACUGGCAAACACAAGAUGGUCAGAAGGACAUAGAAGAUGAGCUCACCACUGGUCUGGAGCUGGUGGACUCCUGUAUUAGAUCACUGCAGGAAUCAGGGAUACUCGAUCCACAGGACUAUUCAUCCAGUGAAAGGCCCAGCCUCCUCUCCCAGAGUGCACUCCAGCUCAAUUCCAAACCUGAAGGGUCCUUCCAGUACUCGGCCAGCUACCACAGCAACCAGACCCUCGCCCUGGGCGAAACAGCGGCCGCCCAGCUGCCGGCCCGCAGCAGUCAGGCCAGAGGUGCCAUCCAGAGCUACAGCCAGCAGGGCCCGGGGGGCCGCGGCGCCCACCCGGGCGGGCCGGAGCCGCCGCCGCCGCCCGCCGCCCCGCAGCCGCGGGAGCCCUUCGCGCCCAGCCACGGCAGCGCCUUCCACCUGCCCGAGCCCCAGCACGCCGCCGCGCUCUACUACGCCAGCUCCACGCUGCCGGCGCAGCGGGUGAGCUCCCCGCUGCCCGCCCAGCCCGGCGGCUCCCCCACCAAGCUGCCGCGGGCCGGCUCCGCCGCCGAGGGCGCCGCCUACGCCACCGCGCAGCGCCUCUCCUCCCCGAAGCAGUCCCCCAGCCGCCUGGCCAAGUCCUACAGCACCAGCUCGCCCAUCAACAUCGUCGUCUCCUCGGCGGGACUGUCGCCGUCCCCCAUCCGAGUGACCUCCCCGCCCACCGUCCAGUCUAACAUUUCCUCCUCUCCUAUCCACCAGUUAAGCUCCACCAUCGGCACUUACGCCACCCUGUCGCCUACCAAGCGGCUGGUUCACGCUGCCGAUCAGUACAGCAAGCACUCCCAGGAGCUGUACGCCACCGCCACCCUGCAGAGACCCGGCUCCCUCGCAGCUGGGUCUCGGGCAUCUUACAGCAGCCAGCACAGCCACCUUGGCUCCGAGUUAAGGGCACUGCAGUCUCCGGAACACCAUAUAGAUCCUAUUUACGAAGACAGAGUUUAUCAGAAGCCCCCUAUGAGGAGUCUCAGCCAGAGUCAGGGGGACCCUCUGCAACCAGCACACGCAGGCACAUAUCGCACUAGUACAGCCCCAUCUUCCCCUGGUGUCGACUCCGUACCCUUACAGCGCACAGGCAGUCAACACGGCACACAGAACGCAACAGCGACCUUCCAGAGGGCCAGCUAUGCAGCCGGCCCAGCCUCCAAUUACGCAGACCCCUACCGACAGCUGCAGUAUUGUCCUUCUGUUGAAUCACCAUACAGCAAAUCUGGGCCAGCCAUCCCACCUGAAGGGACCUUGGCUAGGUCACCUUCCAUUGAUAGCAUUCAGAAAGAUCCCAGAGAGUUCGGAUGGCGAGAUCCAGAGCUUCCAGAAGUUAUACAAAUGUUACAGCAUCAGUUUCCCUCAGUACAGUCCAAUGCUGCAGCCUACUUACAACACCUCUGUUUCGGAGACAAUAAAAUAAAAGCAGAGAUAAGAAGACAAGGCGGAAUACAAUUACUGGUGGACCUGUUGGACCAUCGGAUGACAGAAGUCCACCGUAGUGCCUGUGGAGCUUUGAGAAACUUGGUAUACGGGAAGGCAAAUGAUGACAACAAAAUUGCUCUGAAAAACUGUGGUGGUAUCCCAGCAUUAGUACGGUUACUCCGCAAGACUACAGAUUUGGAAAUCAGAGAACUGGUCACAGGAGUUCUCUGGAAUCUAUCCUCCUGUGAUGCACUGAAAAUGCCAAUCAUCCAGGAUGCCCUCGCAGUGUUGACCAAUGCAGUGAUCAUCCCUCACUCUGGAUGGGAAAACUCUCCGCUCCAGGAUGAUCAUAAAAUACAACUCCAUUCAUCACAGGUGCUGCGCAAUGCCACUGGGUGCCUAAGGAAUGUCAGCUCUGCUGGAGAGGAGGCCCGCAGAAGAAUGAGGGAGUGUGAUGGCCUGACAGAUGCAUUGCUGUACGUGAUCCAGUCUGCUCUGGGGAGCAGUGAAAUUGAUAGUAAGACCGUUGAAAACUGUGUGUGCAUUUUGAGGAACCUCUCAUACAGGCUAGCUGCAGAAACAUCUCAGGGACAGCAGAUGGGAACAGAUGAGCUUGAUGGAUUACUCUGUGGUGAUGCCAAUGGAAAAGACACAGAGAGUUCAGGGUGCUGGGGGAAGAAGAAGAAGAAAAAGAAAUCACAAGAUCAGUGGGAUGGCGUAGGACCUCUCCCAGACUGUGCAGAACCACCCAAAGGAAUCCAGAUGCUGUGGCACCCUUCAAUAGUCAAACCCUACCUCACACUUCUUUCUGAGUGCUCAAAUCCAGACACACUGGAGGGGGCAGCAGGGGCACUGCAGAACUUGGCUGCUGGGAGUUGGAAGUGGUCAGUGUAUAUCCGCGCUGCUGUCCGCAAAGAAAAAGGAUUGCCAAUCCUGGUGGAACUGCUUCGAAUAGACAAUGACCGGGUGGUAUGUGCAGUUGCUACAGCUUUACGAAACAUGGCCUUAGAUGUCAGAAAUAAGGAGUUAAUAGGCAAGUAUGCCAUGAGGGAUCUGGUCCACCGACUGCCAGGCGCUAACAACAGCAACAGCUCAGCAAGCAAGGCCAUGUCUGAUGACACCGUUACUGCCAUUUGCUGCACUCUGCAUGAAGUCAUCACAAAAAACAUGGAGAAUGCCAAGGCCUUACGAGACGCAGGCGGCAUUGAGAAACUGGUUGGCAUAUCUAAGAGUAAAGGAGACAAGCAUUCGCCAAAAGUGGUGAAAGCAGCAUCUCAGGUCCUCAAUAGUAUGUGGCAGUACAGAGACCUGAGAAGUCUCUACAAGAAGUGGGCGGCCCCAAGCUUCAGUGUGACUGAUGACAGAGGAUUUUCACCAACCCACCACUCUGGGUCAUGGCACGCUCAGCAUACUCUCUCCCAGAGCCAAGAAACCAGAAUCUAUUCCCCAACCCAGGACGGAUGGUCGCAGUAUCACUUUGUAGCCUCAUCUUCAACAAUAGAAAGGGAUCGGCAAAGACCGUACUCUUCAUCACGCACGCCCUCCAUCUCUCCCGUGCGCAUGUCUCCUAACAACCGCUCAGCAAGUGCCCCAGCCUCACCUCGGGAAAUGAUCAGCCUAAAAGAAAGAAAAACGGACUAUGAAUCAACUGGAACAAACGCCACUUACCAUGGAAAUAAGGGAGAACAUACUUCUAGGAAAGACACCAUGACAGCUCAGAACACUGGAAUCUCAACUUUGUACAGGAAUUCAUACGGUGCACCUGCUGAAGAUAUCAAACACAACCAGGUUUCAACACAGCCAGUUCCACAGGAGCCCAGCAGAAAAGAUUAUGAACCAUAUCAGCCGUUUCAGAAUUCAACAAGAAACUAUGAUGAGUCCUUCUUUGAGGACCAAGUGCAUCAUCGUCCACCUGCAAGCGAAUACAACAUGCACCUGGGACUAAAGUCAACUGGCAACUACGUCGACUUCUAUUCAGCUGCUCGUCCCUAUAGUGAACUUAACUAUGAAACAAGCCACUAUCCAGCCUCUCCCGACUCCUGGGUUUGAGACUUGGGCAGAUACAAAAGCUCCAGGAACUGUGCAUGUGCAUGCAUACCACAAGACAUUUUUUUUCCUGCAAAUUUAGUUUGUUAAAGCCUGUUCCAUAGGAAGGCCCAGAUAGCCAGUAUGGAAAAAAUUAAGAGAUUUUUUUUUUAGAAGGCUAAAAGAUACGAAAGCUAAACCUGGGAGUAAUUAGAAAGAAAUAUAUAUAUACAUAUAUAUAUUUUACAGUGUGGGGCAACUUUACUGUUGGCCUGUAGAGUCUAAGGUUCGGUGCUGUAUAAUGAAUGUGGCUGAAGGAAGGAGGGAGAACAUGACAGUGGAUGUGGGUCAAGAGUUAAGCACAAGUAACUGAGCAGCGUACAUACUUUAUGGGGAACAGCUUCUCACACUUUGUUUAAUAUCCUCAUUCAUUGUGAAUCUAGGCUUCAAGUUGCAUUUGGGGUUUCCUCUGUACAGCAAGAUGUUUCUUGCCUUUUGUUAAUGCAUUGUUGUAAAGUAUUUGAUGUACAUUACAGAUAAAAAAAACAAGUGCAUUGUGUAUAUUACACCAAUGCCACAGUGUUUCUUCAUCUAUGGUUCUAAAUAUUGCUUCAAUUUCAAAUUUUGAAAGAUGUAUGAAUUUCCAGUUUUUUGUUUUCUUUUCCCCGGUGCGUUUUAACAAAAAAAAAAAUCAAAAAAAUCAAAAAAACCUAAAACGACUAUUUAGCAGUAUUGUUCGUUCUGAUAUGUGAAUUUGUUUGUGGCAACUAAAAAAAAAGGCAUCCAGCAGUUUCUGACAAUUAACAUUCAUCAUUCCACACUCCUUGUCAACAAAGUGCUUUUUCACUGCCUAAAAUUUUAGAUGUAGAUAUUUGAAAUAGAUUUUUUUCAUUUAUACCAGUUUUCUUUAUGAUGAUACAGUGUUAAAAGAAAAUAAAUUACAAUUGAUCUGUCA